GCCCACGGCAGCGGCGGGCGCGCAGCUGAACGCUCACGGGAACGCAGCGGCCGUUGAAAUGGAGGCUGAGCGCUGCGAGGCGUGAAGCUGCGGCCGCGAGGUGGAGGCUCACAGGGCUUUGUCCGCAGCCUCGCAGCAAGUUGGUUGCUGCACGCUGGCUUCAGCGAGAAGGGUGUCGCGUCUGUGGGAGUCCCAAAGCACGGCAGUGUUAUCCCCUCCUGCUCACCACAGCUUCUCUGAUUCUAAUUCCACUAUGAAACAGCUCCCGGCAGAAACUGUUCGUCUCCUUUCAAGCUCUCAGGUGAUUACAUCUGUUGUCAGCGUGGUGAAGGAGCUGAUAGAAAAUUCCUUGGAUGCCAGUGCCACAAGUAUUGAUGUUAAACUGGAGAAUUAUGGGUUUGACAAAAUAGAAGUAAGAGACAAUGGCAAUGGAGUCAAGGUCGCUGAUGUUCCAGUUAUGGCAAUUAAACACUACACCUCAAAAAUAAGCUCUUCUGAGGAUCUUGAAAAGCUGACAACGUACGGUUUUCGUGGGGAAGCCCUGGGAUCAAUUUGUUGCAUAUCAGAGGUUUUGAUCACAACAAAGACAGCUGCUGAUAGUAUCAGCACUCAAUAUACUUUGGAUAAUAGUGGGCAUAUAACUUCCCAAAAGCCUUCCCAUCUUGGACAAGGUACAACAGUGACAGUCCUCAAGUUGUUUAAGAACCUUCCUGUAAGAAAACAGUUCUACUCAACAAAUAGAAAAUGUAAGGAAGAACUGAAAAAAAUCCAAGAUCUUCUGAUAGCAUAUGGCAUCAUAAAACCAGACCUGAGGAUAAUCUUUACACAUAAUAAGGCAGUUAUUUGGCAAAAGACCAGGGUGUCAGAUCACAAAAUGGCCUGUAUGUCAGUUCUGGGAACAGCCGUUAUGGGCAGUAUGGUACCUUUUCAACACUGCUGUGAAGAUCCUGAGAUAAAUCUUUCUGGAUUCCUCCCAAAAGCUGAGUCAGACAGUUCUUUGACAUGUCUGUCAGGUUCAGAAAGGAGUUUCAUUUUUAUAAACAAUCGUCCGGUUCUUCAGAAGGAAAUACUGAAGUUAAUUCGACAGUACUACAGUGCGGCGUCACACAAGGACAGUACCCGCUUAUACCCUGUUUUCUUUUUGAAUAUUACUGUACCUGCAUCUGCUGUGGAUGUGAAUUUAACGCCUGAUAAAACUCAAGUUUUACUGCAGUAUAAGGAGUCUGUCUUAUUUGCUGUUGAAAAUGUGUUGAAAUCACUCUAUGGGCCACUACCUGCUACGGUCUCUGGUGAAGCUAAUAAAACAGAUGUUACCUCAGAAGACAGGUUUGUUCAUGAAACAGAACAAACAGAUGUGGUUGUUAAUGAAAUGGAACCAUCUGGAAACAAUGAUCUACAUGCUCAUACUUCAUUCCUUUCAUUCAGCAGUGAUGUGCAAAAUUGUCAAGCAGGAAAAAACACAGAGAUCUGUUUAAAUCAUCAGGCGUUUUGUGGUGAUAAUAUACGUAGUCGCCUAGAGGAAAAAGAGGUUUCUAAGAGUGAUGCCUUUCAAGACGGUUCCUUAAAUUUAUUGCGUGAGGAGGAACAGAAUGGGCAGAAUACAACUGAUAUUCCAAGUUGCAGCGCUCCCAUGGAACCUGAAUAUAAAAAAGCUGAUGAGCAUCUUUUGAGUUCUGAUAAUACUUGUGAGAUAGAAAAAAAUGAGGAAACCUCAGUACCUAAAGACUUACCUGAAAUCUCUGCUGAUAAUUGGAGUAUGGGGAAUGGAUUUAAAAACUCUCUAGGAGACAACCUGGAACCUGUUAAGAUUUUAAUUCCUGAAGCUGGAGGAGCAACUAAGCAAAGCGAACAUGCUGGUGAACAAAGCUGUGAUCCACAAAUCCCAAAUCAAAGUAUAAAGAAAACAAAUGUAAUAAAUGAUAAAACUGGACAAGUAACUGCUUAUGACUUAAUUAGUAGUCGAAUAAUAAGGAAACCAAAGACCGCAUUUGCCCUCUUCACCCAAGAAUAUCGUUCAAAAUUGUUUUCUGAGCACCCAAAGAUUAGCAUGAAGGACAUCCUGUUGAAAAUUGAAGAGCAGUGGAAGAAUUUGAAUGAAGAGGAAAAGAAGAAUUAUGAAAUAAAAGCUGCUAAAGACCUGGAACGAUACAACAGAGAGGCCAGUAAAGCUAUGCAGCAAGCAGUGCACAGACCCACAAAGGAGACAGAGAGACAGAAACCCAGGCUGAAGACUUCCCUGUCCAACCAGCAGAAGCUUGACAAAAUGUUCCAUGCUCAAACUGAAAAGAAGCAGAAAUCUGACCAGCCUUUGAAAACUGUGACAGUACCUUUUUCCCUGAGUUCCUGUAGACAUCAGAGGCAUGAGAAGAGUAAUUCAGAUGAACACGAGCUUUACCUGAUCCGUCAUCAGAGUUUUCCUGAUAUCUGGAUAUUUGCUACUGAAAAAAAGCUAAUGUUGCUGAAUCCAUAUAGAUUGGAAGAAGCCCUGCUGCACAAAAGAUUGCUGAAGAAUCAUCAGCUUCCAGUAGAGAAACUGGACAAGCCAAUUGUGUUAACAGACAGUAUUCUUGGUGGAUCUCACUAUAUGUCUGCUCUUUACAAAAUGCAGAAGGAUUACCAGAGAUUAAAUGGAUCAGGUUAUUUGACAGAUCCAAGGCUUGUAGCAAAUGGAUUCCAGAUAAAAGUGAUCGAAGGUGCUUCACCUACAGAAAGUCAUAUGGAAAUAGAAGGAAUGGCUAAUUGUCUGUCAUACUAUGGUCUUUCUGAUUUGAAAGAAAUUCUGAAUGCAGUAGUUAAUAGGAAUGCAAAGGAAGUAUAUGAAUGUAGGCCUCUCAAAGUGCUAAAUUACUUGGAGGGAGAAGCAGUGCGUUUAGCUCGGCAGCUGCCCUUACAUUUGUCAAAAGAAGAUGUACAAAACACAAUUUACAGGAUGAAGCAACAGCUUGGAAGGGAAAAUAAAGGCUGUGUUCAUGGUCGUCCUUUUUUUCAUCACUUAACAGAUAUUCCAGAAGUUAACAAGCACAACUCCAAGGAAUUUAUUCAGUAAAUGGAACAUUUUGUUUGGGAUCAUUUUUCUCUUACUUAAUUUUGAUCGUUACUCUGUAACUUCAGAAUGUUUUGUGUAAAGCUUUUGUAUAAUGACUUUUUAUUAUUGUAAGUUCACUUUCUGGAGUUUUUUGAUUCAGAUUCAAAUGCUACUUGACAAAUGGGAAUAAAUUAAUACCGUAGAGAAACAACUCCAUUUUUUUUUUUUUUAAGAAUUUAUUAAAGCAUUAUUCUCAACUGGU